GUUUCGAACUUAGUUACUCGGCGAAUAUUGUAGGAGUAAGUUCUAUUAACGUUUCUUUGAAGAUUUGUCAAAAUGAAUUUAUCGUUCGUUGUUUAAUUGAAAAUAACGAGAAUAGAAAAAGAUAGACCAGAAUAAGGUAACAAAACAAUGUGUAUCCAACUGUAAUUAUAAUUAAUUUCAAGCGGAAUUUUGAAAUAGUAUUUUGGAUUUAAAGUGGCGCGCGCGGUUAAACCACUUCUGUGAGUUGGUAAGACUGUUCGGAAAAUUCGGAAAGUGAACAGGUGUUUUUUGAAUGGAUUAGGGAGAAUAGGUGACGAGGACGCAAAAGGAUUUGCGAAUGGUGAAGAAUCGAGGAAUAAUGUGAUACUUGUGAAUAACUAAUAAUAAUUUAAAAAAAUGCAUUGGGAUUUAUGUUUCGAAUCGAGUUGAAAAAUAAGGUAAAGGGGCAGAGAUAAUUAUGACAUGCAUAGAUGACAAGGAUAAUCUGCAAGCAACCUAACAACUCUAUUGUAUAGUCGAGAGAAUCGAAGUGAAGGUUAAAUAUGCCACACCAGUUUGGUUUGCCCACGAUGGCACAUGGAAUGCAGUCUCCUCCUUCGCCGACUUCGGUUAUGUCAGUUUACCCUCGAUUCGGAUCCGGUGUUUAUAGACCGGAUCACCAAGAUCAAAGGUUGACACGCGAAGCAAUGGAACGGUAUUUGCGCGAUAGAAGCGACAUGGUUAUUGUAAUCCUUCAUGCGAAGGUUGCGCAAAAGUCGUAUGGUAACGAAAAACGAUUCUUCUGUCCUCCACCGUGUAUCUAUUUGUUUGGAGAUGGAUGGAGAAUGCGUCAGGAACAGAUGCUUCGAGAAGGAGAGAGCGAGCAGUCCGCCCAACUGUGCGCGUUCAUCGGAAUCGGUAAUUCCGACCAAGACAUGCAACAGCUCGAUUUGAACAAUGGUAAACAGUAUUGCGCGGCAAAGACACUUUAUAUUUCGGACUCGGAUAAGAGAAAGCAUUUUAUGCUUUCGGUGAAAAUGUUUUAUGGUAGCGGACAUGAUAUCGGUGUGUUUCAUAGUAAAAGAAUCAAAGUGAUCUCGAAACCGUCGAAGAAAAAACAAUCUUUAAAAAACGCUGAUCUGUGUAUAGCGAGCGGAACAAAGGUUGCACUAUUCAAUCGGUUACGAUCUCAAACGGUUAGUACGCGUUAUCUUCACGUAGAGAACGGAAAUUUUCAUGCGAGUUCUACGCAGUGGGGUGCAUUUACUAUACACCUAUUGGACGAUAACGAGAGUGAGUCGGAAGAGUUUCAAGUACGAGAUGGUUACGUACAUUACGGUAGUACAGUGAAAUUGGUAUGUUCUGUAACGGGAAUGGCGCUUCCACGUCUGGUAAUUCGAAAAGUGGACAAACAAAUGGCUAGUCUAGAGGCUGAUGAUCCCGUUUCGCAGCUGCAUAAAUGCGCCUUCUAUAUGAAAGACACGGAUCACAUGUAUCUCUGUUUGUCUCAGGAACGUAUUAUCCAAUUUCAGGCUACUCCUUGUCCAAAAGAAGCAAACAAAGAGAUGAUAAACGAUGGUGCCUGUUGGACGAUAAUUAGCACCGACAAGGCAGAAUAUCAAUUUUUUGAGGGUAUGGGUCCUGUUAGAUCACCAGUGACGCCAGUACCAUUGGUCCACAGCUUGCACUUGAACGGUGGCGGGGACGUUGCAAUGCUUGAAUUGACUGGAGAUAAUUUUACGCCUAAUCUUCAGGUGUGGUUUGGGGAUGUGGAAGCAGAAACUAUGUACAGAUGUCAAGAAAGCAUGCUUUGCGUAGUACCAGACAUAUCACAGUUUAGGGGCGAAUGGCUUUGGGUACGACAACCAACUCAGGUACCUGUCUCGUUAGUUCGCAACGAUGGUAUCAUCUAUGCAACUGGUCUGACGUUCACCUAUACUCCAGAACCUGGUCCUCGACCUCACUGUCCGCCCGCGGAUGAAAUUAUGAGAGCACCGCGUGCCAUGCACAAUCAAGCGAGCAUGCCACCUGCAAUCGCGGAUGUACCUUGGAACACUCAUCAACCUCCUCAAUCGGGUCUCUGAUGUUUUCUUGACAAUUACAGUGCGCAUCACCAAAGUUUACGAGUUAGUGAAACGAACACUGUUUCUGUUCAUUUUUCGAACGAUAUUCCUAUUGUUUCUAUCGAUACCGAGUCAAUCAGCAAUAAUGCUAACUCGACGACCACUUAUACAACGAAAGACCUGUUGCAUCGAGUCAAUAACACGACGAGUUUGAAUGAUACGAAAAGCAGCACAUAGCAACCGCUUCGUUGCAUUGCGUUGCGAUCCAUUGCGUUAUAUUAUGUUGCCUUUUGUGGGUAUUACAUAUGUACAGUGCUGAGCCGAGAAUCGUUUCCCUAUGUUUAUAAAUAUGUAGGUUCCUAGCUUUAAGUGUUAAUACAGAAUUACACAGGGAUUAAAAUUUAUAGCGAUUUUAAGAUUAAGAGCUUUCUACGAAUGUGAAUAUUUAGCUAAUUAGUCGGUAAAAAAGUUAUGAAAGAAAUGGGAGGGGGAGGGAGAGCGCGCAAAUUUAAAAAAAAAAUUUGUUCGUGAUUUAUGAAAUGAUGAAAUGACGAAUUUACAUCCUUUCGUAAUAUCAAUCCAGUCAUCAAAAUCUAACGGCAAUUGCCAGACUGCAAUUACAUAUCGAUCGCUGAAAAUGACUAUACAUUUCUCGUCGAUUAUUGCUAAUUUUUUUACGUUUGGAAGAUCGGUCUUUUUAUUGAAGAGAUCUUGUUUGGCUUAAAAUUGACCGUUGACAUCAGAAAUAUCGUGAAUAAAAACGAUAUGUGACAUAUAAUGUAUAUUAUAUUCGUAUAUAUAAUUUUUUAGCGUGAUCUUGCUAAUAUUUUUACAUAUAUCAAAUUUAAAAAUAAUCGAUUUUUUAAAAAAACAUUCGUUUUUAUUGAAAAAAAAAAUAGAUAAUUUGCUACCGCGGAUUAAAAUUAAAUUAUUAAUUAUUAAUUUAUUUUUUAUAAGUCAACCGACAAAUGAUUACUAUUACUUUUGUAAAAUAUUUUAUUCACAUAGGUGAAGAAAUCAUUCUAAUUUUAAUAUAAGAAAAAUAAAUCAAUUUUAUAAUUUAAAUAUAUAAAAUUUUAUAAUAUGCUAUAUAAUAUCGGUUGACUUUGUGCGCUAUUCAAUUAAUUUUUUCGUACCGAUUAUUUAUUAUAAUAAUUGUAUUAUUUCAUCAAUGAAACUUUUGAUUGCUUAUUAAUGUAAACAAAUAUUAUGCACGCUUUUUAUUAAUCUCACUGAUUAUCAAUACCUUAAUUUUUCAAUUGUGAUAAAAAUUUUUGGUAUCAUCUGCAGAGACGACAAUAUGCUUGUUCACUUGAAAAUAUGUAUUGGUGCAUUUUAAAUGGAUGAAACAAAAGAAAAGUUUAAGUAGUAUAUAUACGUUUUUAUGUCUCUCUAUGUUUUGCAAUAAAUUGAAAAGAUUUAUAUAAUAAAA